GGUGUCACGCCGCCGGAACUACGUUCCCCACUAGGCAUUGCGAUCGCAGUUGGGUGGCUCUGCCUUGCUUAUGACAAAGGCGGGCGGGCCUCAGGAACGCGAACUACGUGUCCCGUGUGCCCUCGCGCUGUGCCAGUUUCCCAUAAUCCUCCUGGAGGUCUACUUGUGAUAAUACCUGUCUUUAUUAAACAAACCAAGCCUUUAAGGCUAAAAUCCCCGCCUGGUUUGAUUGUCCGUUUGCUUCUUUUUCUAUGUGGCACCUAUGGGUUAACUGUAUGACGAAGCCUAAACUUUAUUUUCCAGAGGGAAGCAGGGGAACUUGGCGGAAAAUCAUUCUAUGAAGUGUAAAACAACACGAAAUAAAAAUCACACUUCCCACAACGCCUUUGACGUUUUGCGUCUUUCCUACCACUUGCCUCUUUUAGAGACUCCUCUGCUGAAGACACAGCAGAAAAGAGAACGACGUUCCUUUUCUCUGACAACCCGCUUGCAGCCGCAUCCUGAGCCCCUCGGAUAUGGCCUCUGGGAGCGCCUUGGUGGGCAUCACUGAGGAUCCUCCCCCCCGAGGGACCAAGGACACUGCAGCUCGGGUGGCCAGCCCUGCUCGACGAAAGAGCCACCUUCGGUAAAUGUCAGAUGUGAGAGCCACGGGUGGGUGCCCACAGGCGGCGGCAACCGGCAAGCGGUGUCAUGGCGUGUACGGAAAGCAUCGAGAGGAACCUUUCCCGUUCCAUCCAGAAGCAAAACGACAUUGUACACCAGGCAACGGCGUGAAACUACAUUUCCCGUCAAGCUGCGCGAGGGGAGUAACUCCUGCUGGGCUGAAGCGGAGAAUUAUCGCGAGAGUUGUUGAUCUCGCUACGACCGUCGCUUGAAUCUGUGAGCGGGAGAAGAGCGGCGAGCGCUUGGCAGUCGUCGGGCCUCGCGCUCGUCCCCCGUUGCCGUUGCGUUUCCUCAGAGGUCGCUUGCGGGUGAGGAGGAGGCAGAAGCAUGGCUUCCCGCCGGAGCUUGCGGAACGAACCGGAGGGAUCGUGCGGACGGCGACGGUCUGCGCGGUUGGCGAACAAAAAGGACCUGUGCUAUGGUUAUCAAAGAUCCCUAACCUCUCAAAGACUGACAGCCUCUGCAGUUACGGACUUCAGAACACCUCGAACUCUAUUAAAGAAGGUCCUGCAGACCCAACCAAUAGUUCCUCCUCUUGCUCCUGAAAAACCCGAUUCUCCAAAACCAGCAGAGACAUUCUUCCAGUUUCCUCCGGUGGUUGUUCCCUGCAGCGACCUAGAAAUCAGCUUUUCUGACCCAGCUAUCAAAGAGACAUCUCAGAUUGUACUGCACAAAAGCAGGUCGAAAAAAGUCCGUCUUUCUGAGUUUGAGAGAGGUCUGAAUAAACAACUUAAUUCAAAUGCAGCCCACUCAUUGCUGAUCAACGCAUCAAUGACAAAGUCUCUUCAGAUCUCUCUUACUACCCCAGCACCACUGCACUCUGCUGGGAAAAAAGGCUUAAUCCGCAGGCCAAAGAAUUACAGAGGUGUUAAUGUUAAAGAGUUUGAAGGAGGCAUCGAACAAAACUUGCUGCAAAUAAAAGACUCACAAAGCUACCUUGUGGACUUGCAAACAGCAACUCUUUUGUCAAAUCACACAGAGAUGCUCUCUGCUAACACGGAGCUCUUUGCCCACUCUCAGUCCAGUGGGCAGAAUGAAGUAGAACUUCCUCUUGCCCAUUCUCAGCAUGCCUUGACUGGGCAAUCUUCAGCCAACAGGCUGCCCUCUGAUCAGACAACCUGGGAAAAUGCUGAGUCUGAUAUGGAUGUUGAAGAAGUGACUAAGAGCCACUCUAGAGGGGUCCAGACACCAGAUGCUGAAGGUGUUGAUGUGAUGGAAGCUACACCUGAGGAAGAGGCUGAUAUGUCUAGAGAAGAGAAGCAAGAGAGUCUGCUUGAUGCUGAGAGAGAGUUGAUACGCAGUCACGGUGAGGAGUUGCAAAGGCCAGGCAUGGAACAUGUUGGUGGAUUGAAAACUGUUCCCCAGGAAAGGACUGUUACUCUCAGGAGAGGUCAGCAAGAGUCUCUGCAUAGAAACAGUCAUAUGGAGCAGUCCUUAAGUCCUGAAGAGCAUCUAACUAUUGAUAUGGACCCAGUAAGAUCAUCCACUCCAGCAGAUGCCAAACUCCUAGAUAUGGACCCAGAGAGAUCAUCCACUCCUGCAGAUGCCAGACUCCUAGAUGUCAACCCAGGGAGAUCAUCUGUGCUUACUAAUGCCGAACUCCUUGUUAAGGACCCAGCAGGAUUAUUGACACCAAUUGAUGCCGACCUACAGAAAGCACAGCAAGGCCACCUGUCUGCUUUGCUGCAUAAGAAGUCUGCCAGGAGCUCAGUGAAAGAAAUGGUAGUGCACAUAAUCAAAGAGAUGGAAAGCAGUGUGGAUCCAGCUAUCAUGGGUCAAGAUAUACCAGAAGCCAUUUUGGAGGAAGAACCUUUCCCCAGUGAAAGGGCUACUCACAUCUCUCAGAGGACUGAAGCUCUAACUCUUAGCAGUCACAUAAGUUCAAAGAAUCCUAAGCAGUUGGAGAUUCUACACACAAAGGAAACAGUAGGUGGAAUAAUGCAACGAAACAGUAAUGAAGGCAAAAGAAGAAGGUUGGAUGAAGUAGCAUUAGAAACAGAAAUGGAUCCCGAGGCUGAGGAGAUCUCAGAGGCCGAAACCGACACGGAAAAUUCCGAGCCAACUGGUAAGACACCAGCAUUUGUGCGUGCUAGAGCUUUCCAGUGCUCACCCCUGCUGUCCACACCACAUGAUCCGAAGGUCACAGUUUCCAGGUCCCCUUCAAAGCAGCCUUUGGUUAAACAAUGUCCAAGGCCUACUGCAAGAGCACGCAGAGGAAAACAUGAUCCAGUGCUCCCCAGUAAUUUGGUGAGGAAGAUAUUCAGCCAUUAUGUGGGGAUGCCAGUGACCAAGGAUGCUUUCAAAGUUGUAGAAAAAUGUGUGAACUUGUAUUUCAAGCAUCUGAGCAAUGAUCUGGAGGCCUAUACAAAUCAUGCUAAACGAAAGAUAACAGAGCCUGCUGAUAUGGAGCUCCUCAUGAGGCGACAAGGGCUGGUGACAGACAAGUUACCUUUAAAUGUGCUGAUAGAACGUCACUUGCCUCUGGAGUACAGAAAAUUGCUAAUUCCUGUUGCUACUAGUGGAAAUAAAGUGGUUCCUCCCCAGUCAAGAUGAGAUGUUGGCAACCCCCCAGUUUGGGGAAUGGAACACAGAGUCAGAAACAUUGAAGACACUGUAAACUAUAGUAUAUAUACUCCUAUUAGCAAGUCCUUAGAAACUAUGGAAAUCUCAGAAUUAUGUAUAUUUUCUUGUUAAGCCCCUUACCCCACUGUCUGUCCUACAGAAGCGACUUUGUUCUUAUAUCUAUACUGUGGCUAUGAAGUAAUGUUUUGUAUGUACAAGUUCUGCGUCUGAUUUAUAGUGUACUUGAAUAAAACACACAGCGCUCUCUCGUUAUUUCAUCCUCCAGCAAGAAAAAGCAGAGAGACUUAAGUAUAUUA